GGGACGCCAGUCAUUUGGGGCUCUUUGUCUGAGGGAGACAGGGGCCCUUUGACCCCCAGAUUUUAACCUGUUUCUGUGUCUCUUCAUUUUUCAUCCGUAUCACCCCUUGGUCAGGUUGGAGCUCAGCUCGUAUGCUGGUUCCUACAAAAAGACGUGUAAUUUCCCAUGGAGAAACGGAGUGAUAGCAGGCAUGACUUUGAAGCUGGUCAUCAAAUUAAAAAUGACACUCUAAUCUGGUUUCCCAGUGGUCACAGAAGAAAACACUCUACUCGGUGUUUUCCAGUAAUGUGAAUCUUACAGACCUGCCAUUUUCAAAUUCAAGAAAUCACUCACAUUUUAAAAGAUCUCAAGAGUGGAGGAAUUUUCCUUACCUAUGUUGGAUGACAUCAUCUAUUCAACUCUACUUGAACCUUGUGACCAACAGUAUAAAAAGGCUCCAGGUGGAAGAAAGCAGGGCGGACACCCACGGCACCUCCACCGCGCAGAGGACGCUCCGGAGCCCGGCGACCCCACUUCCGCGCUCUGCGAACGGCACAUAUCUGAAUGAGAAGUCACUCCAGCUGACAGAGAAAUGUAAAAAUCUACACUAUGGUAUUAAGACUUUAUCCAACAAGACAAAAGGAUAUUCGGAGAAUGAGUACCUUCAAAUGAUCACGAAUAUACAAAGCUGUCCAUGGAAACGACAAGCAGAAGAAUUUGAGAACUUCAGAGCAAAACUUGCUUCCUGUUGUGACGCUGUUCAAAACUUCGUGGUUUCACAAAAUAACACUCCAGUUGGAACUAACAUGAGUUAUGAGGUGGAAAGUAAAAAAGAAAUCCCAAUUAGAGAGAGCAUUUUUCAUAUGUUUCCAGUGUCUCAGCCUUUUGUGGAAUACCCUUAUAAUCAGUGUGCCGUGGUUGGAAACGGAGGAAUUCUGAAUAAGUCUCUCUGCGGAGCUGAAAUAGAUAAAUCUGACUUUGUUUUUAGGUGUAACCUCCCUCCAACCACAGGAAACAUUAGCAAAGAUGUUGGCAGUAAAACAAAUCUUGUGACUGUAAAUCCCAGUAUCAUAACACUAAAAUAUGGAAACUUAAAGGAGAAGAAAGCACUAUUUCUGGAGGACAUUGCGACCUACGGAGAUGCCUUCCUCCUUCUGCCCGCGUUUUCCUUCCGAGCCAACACUGGCACCUCUUUUAAAGUGUUCUACACACUCAAAGAAUCUAAAGCAAGGCAAAAAGUUCUCUUUUUCCAUCCCAAGUACCUGAAACAUCUUGCGCUCUUCUGGAAAACGAAAGGUGUGACCGCCUACCGCCUGUCCUCCGGCUUGAUGAUCACAAGCGUUGCCGUGGAGCUGUGUGAAAACGUGAAGCUCUAUGGCUUUUGGCCCUUCUCCAAAACCGUUGAACGCACACCUGUCAGCCAUCACUACUACGACAACAGGCUACCCAAGCGUGGUUUCCAUCAGAUGCCCAAAGAAUAUAGCCAGAUCCUCCAACUUCAUGUGAAAGGAAUCCUCAAACUACAAUUUAGCAAAUGUGAAGUGUCAUAAACAAAGUUUCUGACAGUGAGCCUAAUUUUCAUAGAGUGCAGUAGGUGAGCAGUGUUUCCAAAUGCUAAAAGAGGUGGUUAAUGGGUAUUAUAGGAAGAACCCCAAAGCUUGGUUUGACCAAAGCUCUCUUUCACUUUGUAUCCUCUGCAUGUCAAUCACUUCAGUUUUCAGUUUCCUUUGUUUGUAAAAGGAGGAUCAUGCUACUGAGUUAGAGAAGUAAAAAGGAGUAAUUUAUGAAAACUCCUGGUGUAGCAUUUGGUGUGAGGUAGAGAGUCAGUAACUAUUUCUGUGUUAAUAUUAAAAACAGCCAUUUCCACUCUCACCAGAAGAUAGAGGGCAUAUUAUCUUGGAGACCCUUUCUCAAGAGAAGAGCUGAAUUGCCAUAUUUACUGCAUUUUCUUCUCUCCCAGUCUUCGCUUUAUUAAUAUCCUUCCCAUUUUUCUUUUGUACAAGAAAAUUGUGGAGUUAAACAAGAAAUCUUUGAUUAUUCCGGAAUGAAAGUCUUCUCUUCGUAGGGCAGUGUCCCUGCCUCUGAUUAAAUUCUCCUGUGAUAUUAGCCUCACUGCUGUGUUGGAUAGAUUUGGGCCAUUUUUUUCCCACUGUUAUCUACAUUUGAAAUCAUUCUUUAUUAUUUUAUAUUUUCUUUCUGUCUCAUUCUUAUGCCUUUUUCUCUCCCACUGACAGAAUAUACUUCAAGGACAUGAAUAGUUACAGUGCCCAGGCUUUUUCACUUUUUGUCUUGUCUGUGGAUCACUUGUUUGAUUUAAUUUUAAAAAAUAUUGAACAGCUACUUUGUGCCAGGCCCUGUACCAGGCUCGGUGAGAGGGCUAGAAAGACUCGCUCUCGCGAGAAGGAGCACACAUGCAUGUCAUUCACAAUAUGGUACAGCAAGUGUUAUAAUGAUAACAAUUAUGAAAGAAGUGCUGGAAAGAUCACAGACAGGAAUAACUCAGUCUCUUUCAGUGCACUCUAUUUCAGAGUAUCUGUUUCAGAAAAGAAGCCAUUUUAGAAAAAAUGAGGUAUUUUUUCAAAAUGAGGGUAAUUCUAGGGAGAGGGAAUGAUAGGAGAAGAAGCUGUUCCCUUGAUUCUGGUCCAUCAGAAUGAGAAUAUUUGAACAUAGAUCAUGGUUUUUGCCCCAAAAUUGUCACACGAGCAUGGGAACGGUGCAUGGGGAUGGUGGCUUGGGCUGACAUCUAUAAAAUAGGGACAAUUCAGACAUGACCAAUUUAAUAGGAGGGUUUAAGGGUGAGAACACCGAAAAAACGUAAUUCCCCCCAAGAAAGAUACGUGCUUAUGUGAAAAAUAAGACUUAUAGUUUAGGCACCAGUAUAAAAUAAAACUCGAGUAGAUAUUAAAUAUUAGCAUUUUAUGCCACUCCCUUCCUUAUGUUAUGAUGAUACUCAUAUGUUAUCCUUGCAUCUGCUGAAUAAGUUAUUUGACUUACCUAUAUAAUCAUGUAUGUACUUUUCUGCCCAUCAUUGAACCUUUAUAAGAAGACUAGAAAUCAGAGUGUAGCACGUCAGUAUGUCAAAAUAAUUAUAAUUUUUAAAUUAAUGAUCAGAGCCAGAGUAUUGUUUUCCUAAACAUCCGCUUUUAAGAACACUGUGCUAUAAAUUGUUCAUUUUAUAAAAUACAUCUCUACUUUGUACUUGACAUAUGUGUUGUGAUUUUGAGUUCAUAUUUUCAUAGCAUAUGAAACGUACUAGCUUUAUAAAUUGGUGAUAGUUCCUCUAUGAAUAUUUUUCAAAAGGAAAAUGCUUUUUGUUAUAUAAAGUCUAAUUUAUUUAUUAUCUUUCUUUUUGUGGUGAAUGGAUGGCUUUUUUAUUGCUUCUAAUGGAUUUAAUUAGUUUUAAGUAAUAUGCUGGCAGCAUUCAUAAUGUUUCAAUCAUGUUACUAGAAAUGGAUUCUUUUUUUUUUUUUUUUUUUGGUACCAGGGAUCAAACUCAGGUCCUUGCGCUUGCACAGCAGGUGGUGAAACCACUGAGCUAAAUCCCUGGCCCUAGCAAUGGAUUCUUAAAAAUAGAUGAGAACACCCUAGUAUUUUAGUUAGUAAAAUGAUUUUUUCAAAAUGUUUAUAGCAAGUGAAGUAAAUGAUUUCUCUUUAAUACUGGAAAUAUAUGAUUAAAGACUAAAAGUAAUCGAAUAUACUGAAAUAAAUUGUCAAAUGUACAAGGCAGAGAUUCUACAUGUUAUUUUAAUAAAAUUGCAUAUGAUUAAGACGUUUAAAGUUUACUUAUGUUAUUCCCAUAUAAGCUAUUUUAACUUAGAAAGUUUUCUCUAGAAUACCAAAAUGGAAUCUCCAGAAAUACUCAAAGUAAUAUGAGGUCAAGAGGCAUAAUGAUACCCAAGUUCAAAUAAAACUUCAAUAGAAAAAAAUAUUUGUGAGGUUUUUUGUGGAGAAAAUUACAUGCACAUAUCUGGAUUUUAUUUCUUAUUUAACAUCAUGUUAUCAUCUUAAAAGCGUGUUUAAAAUUUUACCACUUGAUUUACACUAGCCAAAAACUCAUUGGUCAAAAACAAACAAAUAAAAAAAUACCUAGAGAUUUCUUAAGCAUGUCACAGUCAGACUUAGUGGCAAUUAAUCUACAAGUCGAUAAGGGGGAGUUUAUAGCCUUUUUGUUUUGAUCUUGGUAAAAGCUUGGAGUAAUUCACCAUUGCAGAACAAAAAGCCCUGUGAUUUGUGUUUUACAAUUUACAUGCCAUAUUGGCUAAAUUCGUGUUCCAUCAUAUUUUGAGUAAUGUGCAUUCUUCAUGUCUCUUCCAAAUGGUUCAAGGUCGAGAGUAUCUGAUGUUAUUUGAGGCCCUCCCAUGCUCUCUCUAGUAGAGUCUAGUGUGUUGUAGAGACCUGGAGGGAGUGGGGGCCACAUGUACCUCAUCCACAUCAUAAUAUUUCCUUCUGGGGAUAGCAGGACUUUCCACCUGUUCCAUUGCAUGUGCCAAUAAUCUCCUUUUGUUCCAAAACAUAACAUGACUUAGAACUUUCCAAAAUAUGAUAGACCAUGAAUUUUAACAUUUUGGCUUAUCAGCUAUGUAAAUUCCAAAGGUUAAGUCAUACUUCCUUUUGCUCUGUAAUGGCAAAUUAUUGCAAGUUUUCCAACAAGAUCAAAGCACAAAGAAAAACUAUGGAGAUUACCCACCAUAAGUCUAACUAACUCUCUCAAGAAUGUAUAAGUUCAGCAUUGUUUAAAUGUUGUUAAAUGGAUUAAAUUUGAUCUUUUGCUCUUAAAAGUCAUGUAUAUCAAAUGGGAACUGAAAAGGGCUGUCUGGGUACUGGUGCUAGACAAUAUUAGACCUUCAGUUAGGGUUCUAGCUCAUAACACUAUACAGUAGCAGUUUCUAAGGGAGCUACAGGCUCACUUGCUUCUAUUUUCUACUUGGCGUUCAGCAUCAUUGCACAAUGUGACUGAAUAACGCGUUUCCAAAAUAGUUUUCAGCCAAAUCCACAGCCAAACAAGAAAGAAUCAUUUAAAUAUGUAGGUCAUUUAAGAGCAUAGUUCACAGUGCUGGUAGUCCCUGAAAAAUAUUCCACGAACUAUUGCAUAAAGUUAAUUUUUGUACAAUUUAAUAUUCCUGAAAAGCCUCUGGUUUUUUUCAUCUGAACAAAACACAAAGACCAAUAGAUCAUGACUUUCAUAAAAGAUUUCCCUCUGCAUGUAAAUUCCAACCCAGUAAAUAUAUGGGCUCUCACCCAGAUAUUCAAGGACUUUUUUUGGAGAACUUUUUAUGUAUAGCAUACUGACCUAAGCCAUAAAUCAGACCUAUUAUUACCUAGAAUUUUCCUUGCUUACAGAAAAUUUAUCAGUUAGAUAUAUCUUGUCAAGUACCUAAAUCAUUCCAUGAAUUUCAAGAAGGUUUGGGGAAAAUUGGAAAAUUUUGCGGACAACAAAAUUUUGUUGUUCCUGGACAACCCAAACAGCUAUUGUAGAUGUAUACCUUUGAUAUAAUGACAUCCAAAACAUUUUAUUUAUGUAACAUUACAUGGAAACAGAUUAUUAUGCUACUAAACAUUGAAGUCACUGUAGGAAUUCAGUUGAUAUAUUUGAUGCCCUUGGCCCUUGUGACAAGGUAUGUUGACAGUUUCCUCUUCACGUGUGUCGUCAGAAGGCUGACACCAUAGUGAACAGUAUUACCAUUCUCCUCCUGAGGAUAAACAGACAGGAUUCUUUCUCUUGACCUUUAUUAUUCUGGAACAUCACUUCCAGAAGUAGUCUUCUUUUUAUAAAGAAAGUGAGUGAGAUAUGUUAAAGCUGCACAAGGUACAUAAUGGAAAUGGGACAAAUUCUUUAGAAGAUGGUAUGGGAACAUUGGUCUAUAUGGAAAAAAAUAAGCAGAUACAUUUUGUACCAUGUAAAAAGUUGGACUCCGUAGAAAUUAAAGAUCAAUGUAAAAGUAAAAGUAUAAAGCUCGUAGAAGAAAAUGUAGAAGAAUUAUGUCUGAAAUUUAGAUGAGAAAUUACUAUUUUUAUUUUUAGUUACAUUUUUGGUACAAUUUAGAUAUACUUGUUUCUGUGGUGUGAGAAACUGAAAGUAUUAAAAAGGACCAAAAUGUAUAAUAGAUAAUCUGAAAUAGGAAGAAAAAGUUCAAAUGGGAAGGGGGACUAAGAGAGGAGGGGGAAAGAAAGAAAGAGAAAAUGGCAAAAAACAAGAAAAGAAAGAUAAAAUAGAAACAAAGCUUUUGUGACUAAGAAGCUGUACUUCUUAAACAUGACCUAAAAAUAAUUUCUUAGAGAAUCAGGCUAAGAAAUAUAUGACUAUAUUAAAAUGAAAAAUUUCUAGUAAGUAAAUGACACUUGAAAAUUUAUAGGCUGGUGACAGAUUGCUAUAGCUUUUAGAAUGCAUAAAAUUAAAGACAUUAAUAUAAAACCAUUCCAUGAGACUGAAAAUCAACAUGUCAGAGACAAGAAAACAAAGGGAAAAGCAGUGUAGCUAAUAAGAAUAGGAAGUGAUGCUUAAACAUAUUAGUAAUCUGAGAAGUGCUGAUUAAAGUUAUAUUCUAUACCCAUUGUAUUGGCAAAACAUUAGUAAUGUGGCUAAUUUAGUGUGCUGGUGUAAGUAUAAACUGACUCAUGCUUUUUGGCCAAAAAUAUCUGAAAGUUUUGAGUAAAAUUAAUCAAAUAUCUACCCUGUGGGCCAGCAGUCUCACUUUAGCAUGUAUGUGUCAGACCACCUUUGCAGGUCCACAAAGAGAUAGUUACUAAGAUAUUCAGUUUAUUGUUGCUGGUAGUAGCGGACAACUGGACACACAGGUGUCCAUCUCUUAAGCGAAGUGUGGUGACUACACAGUGUGGAAACCAGUAUAGCCAUUAGAAGCAACUUAUAGGUACCCCAAGAGCAGGAAAGAUAGAUCUUUAAAAUUUAGCAUAAAAAAAUAAGAGCUAUAGCACUGUAUCAUCUAAUUAUCUUAAAGCAAGUACAUGAACACACACAUAUGUUGGAGGGUAUAUAUCAAACACAAGCUAUAUACCCAUUAAGGGGACGGUAAGAGAAUUUAUUUAGGGCUAAUUUAUAUGUUAUCAUGUUUAACAUUGUUAACCAUUGCUAUCAUGGUUAAAACAGCAAGCCAUUGAGCCAUUGGAUAUAUUUUUAUCCUCACAUAAAAUAUCUUUAGUUACAUAUAAAUAAACAUAGAGUCUGAGUACCCACUCAAAACUGUGGGUAACUGUUGUAAGGUUGUUUUAUAAGAGUAGAGCUAGCACUCAAAGUAACUCUAAAGUCUCUUUUUCUAGUAUGCAGUUAUAAAGUGGAAAGGAAAGUCAAUAUUAUUAGAUAUAACUGACAUAUAAUCAACAUAUUUAAAGUGUACAAUUUGCCAGUUAAUACAUUGUAGAUCUCCAUUACCCUUAAAUGUUUCCUUGUGCUACUUUGUAACUGAUUGUUCCUUCUUACUUCUCUUUGUCCAUUCCACCCUAGUACCCAGGAAAUCCCUAAUCUUCCUUUCUAUAGACUAAUUUACUUUUUUUUUUUUUUUACAGUAUAGACUGUUUACAUUUUUAAAAAUUUUUAUGUAAUUGAAAUCAUACUGUGCAUUCAUUUUGUCUUAGUAAUAUUAACCUGAUAAUAUAUGUUAAUAAUACGUUAUGUUGUUUGUGUAUUAAUAGUUCCUUUAUUAGCUAAGUAGAAUUUUGUUACACAAUGUACCACAAUUUGUUUAUCCAUUCACCUA